ACAGAAGUUAGGCAUCAGUAACGCACUGAAUCUUGCAUUGGAUUUAUCACACAGGGUACAUCUAUUUAGUUUUGAAGAACUUAACUAGAACAUCAAUCGAGUAAAUCAAAGCUCUGAGGAAUUAAAAGACUUAAAAAUCCACUGGAAAAUGUUCAAAUUGCUCGUCGUUUCAUCAGUGCUGAUGGUAGUUGCUGCAAGUCCCUCAUAUCAGCUGCUGUCAUCUCUGCCACCGGAGGAAACAAUUUCGCUCCCUUCGUUGCCUCAGCCAGAGCAGCCAUCAGCUGGAAUUACAUCAUCCUCUUCGUCGGAGGAAUCAGCUGAGCCUCCAGCGUCAACACGAGAGACUCCAGUUCCAACACAAUCAGCUCCAACACCAAGUGAGAUAUCCACUACUACCCCCGAGCCAUCGCCAGCGAUCGAACCCUUGUCAGAAGACGAAUUCAAUUUGCUAUCGGCUUCGGCUUUGGGAGCCUCCUCAUUGGGAUCGGCAUCAAUUCAACAUCAAAUCCUGCCACCUGAGACAAUUUCUCUGCCAAUUAGAAUAACUACCAGUCCUGGGCUGAGAACGGUCCUUGCUCCCGAGACCAUUCGCAUCCAUCAACCCACUGUCACCAAGGUGGGUGAGUUAGUUCAGAAGAUUCCCACAGCAGUGUCACACCAAAGCCAGACCGUGGUCCAUAAGCAUGCCGAGAUUAUUACGCCAAUUGUUGCUCCAGCUAUUCGGACAAUCACCUCACAAGUGGUGCGGGCCUAUCACACUCCGUUGGUUUAUGCUGCACAUGCACCGGUUAUUAAACUCAUUCACAACAUGAACAUCUUGAUACUUUUAUCCGUGAUAUUUGGAGUGACUUUAGCACAAGCCAUAAAAGAUUGUGAUCACGGAAAUAAUGGAGCUUCAGGGCGUCAUUCUCAUCAUCAGGAUAUUUACCAAAGACCUUCAGAUUAUGAUUCAGAUGACUAUACUCCCCAUACAUCAUAUGGUCCUCCUGAUCCUCCUCGACGCAACAACUUUCCACAAGACUCAUCCGAUGGAGAAAGUAAUGCUCGACCAACAUACUCUCAGAAUGUAAAUCGUCCAGCUCCAGUCUAUGGUCCUCCUCCAUCACGGUCCCGAGUUGCAGCUGCUGCUGGUAUCUAUGAUGACUAUGAAGACAUUCUCUACGCUCAACCACCUGCCACACCCCGACGUUAUAAUUUGAACUAUGCUCAAAGGGAACCCUAUUACCCAAGAUACGAAACAUACCCCUCCAUUCGUCGUCCUGAAUAUCGUGUCCCAGUUUAUUAUGCUCCACUUAUUCCAGAUGGAUUUAUUCCAGUUCAUUCCCAUUCUCCGACAACUGGAAAACCAACAAUAGCAACUGGGACUCCAUCAUCAACUUCUGAAACAUACCAAAGUGAACAUCAACAUGGCAGUGCUUCGACAUCGUCAUCGUCAUCAUCAUCGACAGAACAAGAAAACUAUGAUGAUGGUCAAGUUAGGAGACAACAACCAACAGUUGUUGUUGCAGGAACCACUUCACCAAUCCAAAAUGAGCUCAAAAGAUAUUUGUUCAGGAAACCAUUUAGAGGAAUAAGGAAAUUAUUUCAAGGAUCGAUUUUGGCUAAAAGGAAUAAAAUCGGAUUGAUUCCUUCGUUUAUUCAAGGAGCAACUAAGCGUAUGCAUGGGGAGCAGCAUGGAGAGAGUGGACAAGUGGAGCUGAGUGGACAGCAUGAACAACUGGAGCAGUAUGAACUGAGUGGACAACUGGAGCGGAGUGGACAACUGGAGCAGAGUGAACAGCAUGAACGGAGUGAACAACUGGAGCAGUCUGAACAACUGACGAGCUAUGAACAACUGGAGCUGAUCAAGAUGUUCAAAUUCAUUGCCAUCCUUGCUUUUGCCACUGUUGCUAUUGCUGCCCCUGGCCAUCUCAGCACUCACUCAGUUGUUGAAAAUGUUGUAGUUGGAGCAUCAGUUCACUCAGCACCCAGUGCAGUGUCCCACCAGAGUCAAACACAGUACCAUAGCAAAUCGGUUGUGACUCCAGUCUUGGCUCCAGUCGUUAAGUCCUAUGUUGCUGCUCCAGUUGUUCAUGCUGCUCCAGUUGUACACUCUGUCGUCCACAGUGCUCCAGUUGUCCACUCUGCUCAAGUAUUGUCUGCUGCUCCAGUUGUCCACUCUGUCCAUCAUGCUGCUCCAGUUGUUCACUCCGUCCACCAUGCUGCUCCUGUUGUUCACACCGUCCACCAUGCUGCUCCCCUUGUCCACUCAGUCCAUGCUGUUCCCCAUCAUGCUACCAUCAGUGUGCACCACUAAGUUUGUAAAUUGAAUUUGUUGAUUUUGGAAAAUUUUGAUUAAAAUAAAAGUAUUAAGAAACUAAA